CGAGUCAUUAUUGUUGUCUCCACUUGUUUAGUUACGGUACAUUCACAGGUUUUUUUAUGGUGUUUCACCUAUUUUGUCUCUAACAUUGAUAAUUUAUAAAAAAAUAAAGUACUUGAGAAAUAAAACUAAAAAAUUGAUAUCGUACGGUAUGCCUCAAGCUUAGCUUCAUGACACAUUUGGUUCACUCAAUAAAAUUUACUAAUUUUCAGCACUAUGGGAACUGAAAAAUACCCAUUCAAACAUUGCUAUUUGUUUCUCAGGUCAAGCCCUAAUCUCAUGCCCCCAAAACAUUGACACCCAUUUGAUUAGCUUACUAAUCUCUCACUAAUCUGAUACGUGUCAAACAUUCGAUGAAACACCAACCCUUAUAAAUCUCUCUUGCUAUCCUAAUCUUUUCCACGACAAGGAGAGAAAAAAAAAUUAACUUAUACCGUAUAUUGUUUGAGUUUUAGUAUCGAAGAAAAAAAAGUCUCGUUUUACCAGCAUGAACAACUCCCAGAACGCCAGUUACCAAGCCGGCCAGGCUAAGGGCCAAGCUCAGGAGAAAGCGAGCGGGAUGAUAGAGAAAGCCAGCAAUGCUGCUCAGUCUGCUAAAGAGUCCAUCCAAGAGACUGGUGGUCAAAUGCAGGCAAAAGCACAAGGAGCAGCUGAGGCUGCCAAGGAUGCCCUUGGAAUGAACAAAUGAUGAAGAAAGACAAGACAUAAAAAUAAAUAAAAAUUGAUAGCAGCAAUUAUUGCAAUAUAAUUGAUAGCCAGAGUCAAAAGACAUAAAAUGUAACAUUAAUCGCAUUAUUACUCGAUCGAUAUAUGAAGUGUUUUUCCACGCAGUUCGAGUUAGCUAUCAAUGAAAACCUUCGUCUUCUACUUCCUAAGUAUGGAACGAUUCAUUUUCAUGAUAUAUGAAAAUAUUACCAUAUCAUUUUGGAAUUCUCAUAUGAAAAACGUUUUUCAAUUAAAAGUUUCACGUCACAAUGUGACAACCCUAAUUUACAGGGCAUCAAAUCAAUCCAUGAAACCCUAAUUCUUAUGAUAUGGACCUAAAGAGGAAAAUUUUACGAGCAAGGUAUGAGACCUUCCUUACAGUUAUGCUUGCCGUACUCCAACUGCUCCUCUGGAGCAUGGUACGUAGAAAGGUUUUCUGGUGAACCUCGAACAAUAUAAUAGUGGCAACCUAUCUUGGGAGGAACUGCAUGCAUUAAUGCAAUAGAAUACCGAUCCAUGAUCCAUCGCCACCAGCAAUCCAGAACUUGAUAAAUUAGUCCAAACAGCUGCAUUUCAAUUCCAGAGCAGGGAAGGGAACCAUGAACCAAUAACAUGGUGGUUUGUCGUUGUAGCAUUUCACCAGCAAUCUAGUUCCGAAGCCUCUUCCUCGAAAGGAGACGUCCUGCGUACAAUACAGUCUUCCCGUGAUGAGAUGAGUAGGAUUCGAAUCAGACCUACUGGUGAUAUAGGCCACGACCCAUAUCUAUUCGUCCAGUAGUAGCAUUGAAGUAGCCAUAAAUGUACUUAACAAAG